CCUCUCCUGCCCUCCUCCUCCGCCGGCCUGGUCGUGGUGGGGCUGCUCCGCGCGGGCGCUCGGGCGGGCCAUGGCGGCGUUGCACGGGGCUGGUGCCAAGGCCGGCGCCCCGCCGCAGAUCCCCGACACCCGCCGCGAGCUGGCCGAGCUGGUCAAGCGCAAGCAGGAGCUGGCGGAGACGCUGGCCAACCUGGAGCGGCAGAUCUACGCCUUCGAGGGCAGCUACCUGGAGGACACGCAGAUGUACGGGAACAUCAUCCGCGGCUGGGACCGCUACCUCACCAACCAGAAAAACUCCAACAGCAAGAACGACCGUCGGAACCGGAAGUUCAAGGAAGCGGAGCGGCUCUUCAGCAAGUCCUCCGUCACCUCGGCGGCCGCGGUCAGCGCCUUGGCCGGAGUUCAGGACCAGCUGAUUGAGAAGCGCGAGCCCGGCAGCGGCACCGAGAGCCCCUCCCCGGAUUUUCACAACCAAGAAAACGAGCCGAGCCAGGAAGAGGUGGAGGAGCUGGACGCGUCCGUUCAGGGGGUGAAACCCCAGAAAGCGGCCUCUUCCGCCUCAGGGAGCCACCACAGUAGCCACAAAAAGCGGAAGAAUAAAAACCGACACAGCCCGUCUGGCAUGUUUGAUUAUGACUUUGAGAUUGAUCUCAAGUUGAACAAAAAACCACGAGCUGACUACUAGUGGUCCUUCAGGAUGAAUCUUCCAGGAACUUUUCUCCUUCCUUCCUUCCUUCCCAAGAGACUGAAUAAGCACAAGCCCAGCUCUUUCCUGCAGCAGCCUGCACACCAGCGGCACUGCUGGCUGAAACAGCUGCUGCCAAUUCAUCAUGCAUAAAAUCCAUGAAGUCAAGUCCUCUCUACUUGCUGCCAUCUUCUGGUUGAAUUGUUUUGUCUCAUGUAUUUGGCUCUUUUUUAAAAAAAAAAUAAACUUUAUUUAAUUUUCCAUUUGUUAAAGAUUAAGACAAAUUGCCUGCUAGAUGCUUUUAUUCUUCAGAGACCAAAUAGUUUUUUCAAACUGGAAAAGGUGAUUCGAUUUUACUCUGAAAUACCUGCUAACUUGAGGGAAAAACAUGGAUGUGUGGGGCAAGCAGUCUCCUUUUUAAUACGUAUGUCUCCUUAUUGUAAAUAAAACAGCAUCCACAUUCACUUUAGAUUGUUUUGUGGCUGCAUUCAUAUCACAUUGAGAGCUAUAACCACAGGUGGUUGAGUAAACCAAAAUUAGGGGAUAUCCUAAAUUGUGCUGAUGCAUAAGUAUUAAAGCGUAGUCUGGUCUAGUGGUGAGGACUCCAAGCUAGAAACUAGGGGACUCGAGUUCUAGUGCUGCCUCAGACCAAUCCACCUCCCUGGGUUGUGGGGAAAAUAGGAAGGAAUGAAUAUCAGGUAUGUUUGUUGCCUUGAAUUAUAAAGGGUAAUGGGAUAAAAAUCUAAUAAAUGAGUCUGAUUUAUGAACCAUAAUGGCUUGAGUUGCAAUACAGAAAGGUACAGAUAAACAAAGUUCCCUUGGCCUUGGGUGUUGUGUGAAUUCAGCCUCCCAGAGAAAGUCAGGCCAAGGAGUCAGAUUUCAGAGCCUGGAUCUGUUCUAUUUGUCUUCUCAGCCACCCAUGGGAAAGGCUGAGUUGGGGCAGAAAUAGCCUUUUGGGGGCUUUCUGGAGUUUCCCUUGAGGGGAGGAUCUCUUGCUUUGCCACAGAUUCUCAGAGGCAUUGAUUGAGAUCCCUGUCAGUGAGUUUCUACUUCCGGAAAGAUGUUCCUCACGAAUAACAAUCCUUUCCUGCUCAGUAGCCCUUCUGUUCCGCUGACAUGUCAUCUGGUUAGACGUGUGGUAUGGGGAGAGUGCAGGGCCUGUUCUGUGUAAACAAACUGGUCCUUAAAGAUUAGAAUUUGGAAAAACAGUUGAAAGAAACUUUGGCGGUCUUCUCAUCCAACCUCCUGCUCAAGUAGGAAGCCCUAUGCCAUUCCAGACAAAUGGCUGUCCAGUCUCUUCUUGAAAACAUCCAGUGAUGGAGCAUCCACAACUUCUGGAAACAAGCUGUUCCAUUGAUUAAUUGUUCUAUCAGGAAUUAAUUCCAGGUUCACCAAGACACCUAGAUCCCUCUUGCAGUUACUGCUGUUGAGCCAGAUGCCACCUAUGAAAUACCUGUGUAUUUGAUUUUUCUGCCUAGAUGCAGGAACUUACUUUUCUCACCACUGAAAUGUGUCUUGUUGGAUAGCACUCAAUGCUCAAGUCUGUCAAGAUCCUUCUGUAUCUUGAGUCUAUCAUCUAAAGUUUUAGCAAUUCCCCUCAGCUUGGUGUCAUCUGCAAAUUUGAUGAAUUUCCCUUCUAUCCCCUCAUAUAGAUCAUUUGUUAGGAUGUUGAAGAGUCCUGGCCCUAAAACAGCCUUGGGGUACCCCACUGCAUAUUUCCCUCCAUGUAAAUGUAGUGUCAAGAUUGAACCACUUCUUUCAAACCUAAUGCUUUUCAAUUUGCCAAUGAACUGGAGGGAGGGAAAUGGAAUGUGGAGAAUGUAUGUAGAGAUUGUGAGCAUGGAGCCAGCAAGGUCAUCGCUGUAAGUGCAUAAGAAAGAGAUGGACCAUUCUCAUAAAAAAAGACCAUCUCAUAAUUGGACAAUGUGAUCAACGAGGGGUGGAGAGAAGGAUAAAGUAUUGUUUUAAUAGGGCAAGCAUUUGCGUGGGAAAUCAGAGUUGGUUUUGUUUCUUCAGUUCCCACAACAUGGUUUAUCCAAUAAAAUUUUACUUUUGGAAA